CUUAAAUCAUUUUACCGCCAUUGGGAGCCAUGGCUUUGGACGACGCCGGCCCUGGCGUCACCGACGAAAGUGAUACAGACAGAACGUGCCGCUACUGCCUGGGCGGGGAGGAGGGAGGCUUCAUCGACCCCUGCGCCUGCAGCGGCGGGCAGCGAUGGGUGCACUUGGAGUGUCUGAGGCGGUGGCAACGAUCCAUCCUGGUGACGCAACCAACCCAUCCUGAUCUUUUCGCGGAGGAUCGGCGCAUGACGCAUUGCACCGUGUGCCUCCAACGCUUCUCCUGUCCGCUACCCUCACGGCAUGAGAUGAUGCUCCAAUUCACUGGCGAGGAGUUGGCAAGCUUGGUGCGAUGCCAGAGCCUCAUUUGCUCCUCCAGGCAGUGGUCUGAGACGCUGCAGCAGAGUUUGCAAAGUAGCCGACGGAGCAUGUCCAACUUUGUGCAUUGGUGCCGGAGCGCUUACUUGAUCAUUUACUGCGGGCCCAAGCAACUGGCCCUGAGCAUCCCGGACGAAGCGAACCGGGAGGCUGUGCUGGAAAACUUGGAUGGACUUGGGCAGCUGGAGGUCCAAGGCAAGCGGUAUCGGAUGCUCCGGGAGGGUCCCUUGGCGCGUUUGAGCGCCGCCGAUGCCUCGAACGCCUCGGUGCUGCACGGGACCUUGGAGCAACUGACGCUGCCGGCGGAGGUGAUCUUGCAGUGCGCGGAGGAAUGCGAUGCCAGUGAUGACAGCAUUCGGGCCAUCAACCUGUGCAACCCCAUCUCGGAGGAUGACUUGAGCUCCGAAGCGCAACGAGUGGUGCGGAGCCGUGGCACUGGCACCCCGCUGCGGCACUUCCUGGGGGGCCCUUGCGCUCCUGCUCAGCCCACCAUCCUGCUGCCCGCCGCAGCUGCUGCAGGUUGUGGUCUCCGGACCCUGGAGCAGCUGGGUGUGGCAUUGGCCACAGACUUCGCGCCGCUGGCGCUAGAGGACCCUCCCAGCAAGCGCCGACGCCUCGAGGCGGGCGACGCGGCUGAGGCUGAGGGACAGGCGCUGGUCUUCUGGGGGGAAGCGCGGUGGCAGCGCACGCAGCUCUUGGGCGAGCUGGCGCGGGGCGACUGGGGCCUUUGCGCUGCGGUCCCCGAAGACCUCGUGGGCGGCAAGCAGAUUUGGCACCAGCUCUUGGCAGAGGGCAGGCCCGUCUACGCCCCACACAGUGAGAUGACGCGACAAGCCCCAGCGGCCUGAGCAC